GAGAGUUUCGGUGUGAAAAAAUAUGGACGAUCGGGCUGAACAGGCGAAAUCCGUGAAAAAGUGCAAAUUUCAGUGAACUGCAGAGGUUGUUUCUGCACAAAGGAGCGCAGCUGGUGCCCCGGAAAGAGCGCUGCGGACAAGGUCACGUGAGGAGGACUCGGCGGAGGAGAGAUUUGGAAAGGUUCCCUGGUCACUCGACGCGUCCAGAAGGGGAGGCUCGUGGGCCAGCUGGCAGCUAAUAUGCCGAUGAUAUCGACUCGCAGCUCGGGUACGUCGUGCUUGCCACCGUCUGUUGGAUCGUACAGCUCCACCUUGUCGGCCAGCAAGAGUCGGCUGUCCGGAAGCAGUGGUUACAGCUCCUCCCUGGGCGAUAGCUACCUCAGUCGCUACCGAUCGCCCCUGACCAGUGUGAGCUCGAGCUCCACGACAUCGCUGUACCACCGCACUAAUGAUUCACCGAGCCGGAGUAGCAUCCUCAGCUCCAAUGCGAGAUUUGGAGUAAGUAGCAAGACCCGAGCGAGUUGCGAUAGAGAUCCUUCAUCAUCCACAUCAUCGUCGGGUGGUCGUUUGCGCUCCACAGACAGUCGUACACGUGACAGUGAAUCAUCGCUUGCACGCAGUCUCGCCACAUCCGGUGCCGAUCUAUAUGAGAAAUAUAGCCCGGCAUACUAUAUACCAAAAUGUGAAUUGUCACGUUCCAGAUCACUGUCGGAGGCCAGUAAAUUUACCCCGACAUCGGCCAAGAACGGCCAUGAAACACCCGCCACGGAGGUGGACGGUGUGGAGGCGCAUGGCGCGCUGUCGGGUGGUCAGCAGGCGCAGGGGGCUCCUGGUGGGGCGUCCACAGUGAGCAAGGUAAGAGUCAGUGUGUCCCCCAACCACCAACACCCGACAAAUUCACCCAACGCGGCCACAUGUAAUAACAAUACUGAGAUGCUUUCCACUACUAACACGACAAAGUCCACAACACCGGACACUUUCGCGGGCCCGGCGUCCGGUAAGCGCCAGAGGAUCAUCUUCGGCAGCACGUACCGCGAUCAGAACUUCCUCAAGCCCGAGUGCGACCUGGCGCGGAGUCAGGUGGUGAGGAGUUCCGAUCCGGAGGCCAACAACAACGAAAUGCCGACACUCCUGGUCACCGGGAAUCGCCUGGCCACGCGCGCUGACACGCAAAAACCCCUCGUGCACACAAAAUUCCGCGGACGGCUGCAAAUAACGGAGAAUGGCAACAAGUCUGAACUGGAGGAGAUCCGAAACACCAUCCUGAAGGCCUAUAAGCCACUCAAUCCGGAGGAGGAGGUCAGCAAGAGUCCCUCGGACAGUUCAGAUGACAUCAAGUUCAUCGAUAGCGAUGAGAGUGAGUAUCAGAAGAUCACACAGAAGAUCGCCACACUGUCCAGUGGCAAUGCCACCCUCCCGUUCGCCGGGAGGCGAACAGAUCACUCACCCGCCGCCACAUACAGUACACUCAGCACGCGCGGGGGCUUCAGAAAGGCCUCAGAUGAGCAAGACAAGGGCGCCAGGAGUGCAUCGUCAGAGCCGCCAAAUGAUAAGAUAACUGGGAAUGUCCUCGAGGUCAAUGGCAGUAUUCGCUCCACAAGCCUCCGCAGUGCUUUGCCACCUGUUUCGCCUGUGCGAUCAUGGGAUCGAUCGAGAUAUCGUGACAUCUAUGAUAGCGACUACAAGAGCUCCUCCACACUAUCCACUUCGUCCAUCCUGAAGGAUACGUACGACAAAUUGACCACAGACAGUGGAGAAGGACUCUGUGGCCUGAGAAACAUCGGGAAUACGUGCUUUAUGAACUCUGUGAUUCAAUGUUUGAGUCACACGAAUGAUCUCACGACGUUCCUCAAGGGUCAGCGCGAUCCGAAGUCCGUGACGAAGGAUCAGCGGAUCUUCAGUGAGUUCGUGAAGUUGAUCAAGGAGAUGUGGAGCUCGGGAACGCGCAGUGUGACUCCCAGUGACCUGAAGUCUGCCUUCUCCAGCAAGCAUCGCAUGUACAGUGGGUGUGCACAGCAGGAUGCCCAGGAGUUUCUGCGCUUCUUCCUGGACAGUCUGCACAGUGCACUGAAUGAGGGCACAAAGACGGAGGGCUUGCAGCUGGCGGACAAUCUGAAUGACAGUCGCAAGGCGGAUCUCAUGUGGGAGUGGUACAGCAAGACGGAGAAGAGCAUGGUGAAGGAUCUGUUUGUGGGUCAACUGAAGAGUACACUCAAGUGCACCGUGUGCGGCAACACCAGUGUGACUUUCGAUCCCUUCUGGGAUCUCAGUCUUCCGCUGCCGGCGUCAUCUACGCGCAGCAAGCUGGAGAAUUGUCUGGAGUUGUUCAUUCGCGAGGAGAUUCUCGAUGGGGAUGAGAUGCCAACAUGCUCAAAAUGUCAGACACGUCGCAAGAGCACGAAGAGCUUCACCAUUCAGCGUUUCCCCAAGUAUCUUGUGAUACAUCUGAAGAGAUUCUCAGAGACGCGCUGGAGCAAAUUGACGAACAUCAUUGAAUUUCCGACGGGCGAGAAGGAGCUCAAUUUGACACCAUACGCUUCCACUAGCAACUACUCAUCGACUCUCUAUUCCCUCUACGCAAUCUCCAAUCACAUGGGCUCCACUGGCGGUGGACACUAUGUGGCUCUCUGCAAACACCCGCAGACGGGAAAAUGGCACGAAUUUGAUGACAAUACUGUCAGAGAUGCAACCGAAAGCAGCCUAAUUUCCUCCAGUGCCUAUCUCUUGUUCUACGAGCGUGUCUAGAAAUGGGAAAAUUUUCUAGGAUUGAUAUAAAAGGAGAAAGGAAGAAGAAUUUUCAAGAGAUAAAAUUCAUUGAUGAUAAAUUUUCAGAUAAAUAUUUAGGGUGGAAAGAAAUAUUUAGGUAAAAUGAAGAGAGAAAGAGUGUAUUUUUUAUUCAAAAUUUUUAUUUUGCUGCUUUGAAUAUUACCUGGAUAAUUGCAAUAUAUAAAAAAGAAACAAAGUGUUUUGAAUUUUUACUUAAUUUUAUAACAGAUGAAGAAAGAAUGUCAUUUUAUCGUGUUUUGCUAAAAGUGACACGAGAAAUGAUAGAAAAUAUUUUUUAUACACACAAAGUGUUAUUUUCACAGUAACUUAAAAAUGGUUUUAUCUUUUGUGCUGUAACCUAAGAUAUUAUUUGUAUUAGAAAAAGUCACUAUUAAUUUAUUUUAGACAAUACUUGAGAUAUAUGUAAGGUAUUAUCGAUUGACGCUUUGAAUCAAAUCUAUUUUUGGAAUUACAUGAAUUAUUCCCUUCAUUAAUACAAAAAAAAGGAAAAAAUAUGUGUGUAUUGAUAAAAUAAUAAUGACAGGGUUAUUCGAAAAAAAAAAUAGAAGAA